AUGUGGCCUUUGGGAGAUCCAUCAAAUACAUUUCCAUCAUCGGGAUCGAAUGCAGUAGCGACGUCUAUGGCGUAUCAAUAUCCUGUUCCAACCUCAAAUAAUUUUGAGACUCCGACCAACUUGAUUCCGAGCUACCACCAUCCUCCCUUAGAGCACCAUCAACCGCAAGCCAUUGCUCCAGGACCGCCGACACCUACUGGUAGUAAAAAUUCUGGACCAGGAGCUGCUCCGAAAGCAGCCAAGAUCAAAAGAUCGAUGUCUACUCCCAAUGUGCGCGGACAAGCAACAGCCGAAGCAGCAGCACUUGCGCUCUCAGCCGACAAGAGAAGAAACAAACUUGGCUACCACAGGACUUCAGUCGCAUGCGGUCAUUGUCGUCGGCGAAAGAUUCGCUGUAUCCCAGCACCUGCGGAUCCGCAAAAUCGCUGCUCAAAUUGCAUCAGACUAAAGAAAGAAUGCAAUUUUUACCCAGUCGAUCAGCAGCCGCAGCCAGACCCAAGACGUAGUGGUUCCAAGAGUCAAAGCGGCACAGGCAGGGCCUCAGAGUCGACUUCACCUACGACUUCCUCCGGUCAACUUCCAGAUAUUCCUUCGAAUUUGCCCUAUCCGCCUCUGAAUAUGCCGCCAAUCCAGGAUCUAGGAGGCCCCCAGAUGAAGCGCCAGCGAACAGAAAGCUUUUCGCCUGAAAACAGAGGUGGAAAACCACUCACUCCGGGUCUCAACAGUUUCCCUGAGAAAGUAGCCGUCGUCACUUCUUCACGUAAUUUCGACUACAACCAUGGCCCGACAAACUGGAUGGCCCCAGAUGCGUCUCCAGGGCUCAAACAACAAGGUCAAGGUGAGGUUCCGCAAACAUUCUGGAGAGCAAACACUUCGCAGGACUCCCCUCUUACCCCAGCCUUCUCACCGUUUACACCCAAUCUACACAUUCCACCACCACAAAACUGGCCAACUCCACAUACGGAGCCUAGUCCCAGAGAUGACCUGGUUUGGUCUGUUCCCCAGCGGUCGAUUUCCUAUAGCAAUCUGGAAGGUCUGCACAACCAGCAACAGCAACAACAGUACACACCAUCGUAUACGCAAUCACCAUCGAGCUCGAUUCCUGACCACUACACCACCAAACCACGUCAGCAGCACGCUGGCAUGUACCCGCCGCUUUCGACCCAAACAACGGGCGGUAUGAUGGCGCCGACGGCCUCAGCGACGACAAACGAGCCAUCUCCACACCCUCACUCGGCAGGCUCUUUACCUCCCGCGAACUUUUCGUCCUGGCAGCAUCAGUACCAGCCGAAGCCAAUUGGAUCAAAUAGUGAAGGCUAUGGAUAUUCUCAGCAUGAAAGUCUCCCUCGUCCUAAUCCGGCCGCUCAUUAUGCUGGUGACGCUCAUCAUUCCACUUCGGGAGCACCACCAUCAGCCCCUACAUACUAUCAAGAACCCCAAGGUUAUUAUCAAGGACCACCUCAACCUCAUUCUGGAUAUCAUGGCCACCCGGGAAGAUAA